AUGCAGGGGGCAUCCCGUACUUGCUUUUUGACUGUAUUAUUGGCCUGCGGUAUUCUCGUUAUACCAUCAACGUGCUUGGAUACUGUCAGACGUGAGCGUCUCAUUCUCAACAGUCUCAAUCCUAGUGUGGUCUGUUUGCCGGAGCCACAUUUAUUCAAACAGUUUAUCUCUCCAUUCCUAAACCAUGUUCUCAAGAUAAACUCAACGUCAGUAAAUGCAUUUCCUGUCCACGUAUUUACAGCUCUCAGCAAAGUUGAUCUACUUUCUCGUUCUCCCUGGCUUCAUGAAUCUCCUUCUCAAUCAAGGGUAACGCCAAUUUCUUCAUCCUUCCAAUCACUCGUUCCAAGCUACUUUGUGGUGCGCGAGAACACUCUUCUCGAGUUUUCAGGCGUUAGUGUGUACUGUGUUGGGCUUCUUGCCUCACAGAGUAGGGAUCCAUUUCUUCUCAACUCUCAUCAACAUCGUAUUGACGUGGCGUUUGAGGAAACCAUAAAUUGGACCUGUGUUGCCCGUUUGCUACUUGGUCUUAUUGUCUUCUUCGUUUCACCAAUUCUGUCACGCAGCCUCGUUUUUUAUUAUACUUCAGGAGUGCUAAUGUCAAUUAUCGGAGGUCUGCUGAUAGUAUUGUUUAUAGGUAUUAGAAUCCUCCCGAAGAGAAUCAGCCUCCUGUUGCAAGGCAUGGUAUUGGUUAGUGGAGGUGCCUUCAGUCUCCUUGUUUUGUGUUUGAGCUACAUCCGCUCAGUUUUGUGGGGUUUUGUGACCAACAAUGUAGGGCUGGUCAUUUGUUACGUUUCGGGCAUGGCUCUGCUUUCGGCAAGUCUAUUUUAUUGGCUUAGCCUGCCAGAGCGACUGAUGCAGAACUUUCCGCGGACUCAAACGAUGCUUAAUGCAGGCAUUCGGGCUCUAGGUGUUUUACUGAUUGCUUCUGCGCCUCAGGUGCCCUCAGACUUACCGACGGUAACCACAGCCUUUGGAAUACUAGCAGAUUGGACCAAAACACAGUUUGACUUGGAUAUCACCUCUUUAAUGACAAUACUUCCUCUGGUAAUGCGCGGGACAUUUACUAUAGCGGUUCUGUCUUUACUUCGCCUCUUUCCUAACCGUCGAAAGCCAAGUAGACGUGCGAAUCUUCGAAGUCGUGGAAGUUACUAUCUUCCGCCAGUCCCAUGUGCUGCUUCAUCCCCGUAUAGUUGGGAUUAUUCCAGACCACAUCGGACUUCACCUGGAAGUUGCUUUCGUGGAACCUCAUUGACAACAAAUUACGGCGGCUAUGGCUAUUUUGAGGUAAAUGAAGAUAACCCCUAUGCACUCGGCCACACUAAUGAGUACUGGGACGGAAGCGGACAAGUGUUCUCACCUGUUUCCAUAAGAAGAAAAUCUGGCUUGUCGACGCCGAUUCAAAACAUGAAACUCUCCACGUCUUCAAAGCUUAUGCGAAGCAAUGCUCGGGACGGCUCCCUCAUGGCCCAAGAUGACAUCCUAACUGAUGACGAAGAAGACGAUUAA